AUGGGCACUUGUCGUAACCAGGCCCCCUUCGCAGCGGAGAAGAAUAGGAUCCGAGCAGUCGUUUGCACAGGGGAGUCCAGCUUCCUUCCCUCGACGGGUGCGGCCACGCGCGAGGAGUGGAUGCAUUACUGGCUGCUGCGAGAAAGCGCCCCCAGCCACUACGCUCUCGCCAUCCUCAGGCUGUCGAAGCUGGCGAGACGGUGUGUGGAGGGAGUGCAGGCCUCGACAAGCGACGGGUCUUCCGUGAUUGUAGUUGGCACGGUGCUGAACAUGUUCCGUGAAGCCGACACUGACGCUGACGGGGAGCUUCUGCUGCAAGUUCUGUACACCGGAGCGGCCAACUCCGACUUCCCACAUCACUGGUAG